AUGGCGUCAGAUAUUGAAAAUGAGAACGACGAUGACACUUUUUAUUACAAUUCUGAUGACAGUUUGAUUUAUAAUUCUAUUUAUCUAUUUGAAUCACGUCAACCAAUUAAAUCAAAAUCAAAAAAGCAAAAAUAUAAGAAAAAUAACCUUCAUUCAAAUACAACCAAAAUUAUUAAAUCAUUUCCAGUGGUUCUGAAAGACAAAUGUAAAGCUUACAAUAAGACACCAAAAGCUGAACAGAAAAAAUUCCGUUAUAAUCGAUACCCAGAAAAUGAAACACUUGUUUUUCAAUGCGAACACGAUCUCAGAGAAGAAAAAAGAAAAGCUAAACAAAAAUCACCCACUCCUGUUUCCUCACUCGUAAUACCACAGCAAACAACAGCCAAUGUCACUACGACUUUUUCUUCGACACCACUCACAAAAUGGGAGAAAGUACUAGCUCAGCGCAAUAUGAGAAAACAACUACAGAGACAAAAACAAGCUGAACGUGAAAGACAAAAGCUAAUUCAUUCAACCAAUUCCCGUAGAGAAACCAAUAACCAACAGCAUUUAUCAAGUUUUUCAACAUUUCGUCGUCAUUUCUAUACAUCUAAGUGUGAGUCAAUAAAAUCAUCAUUAAAUUAUAACGACAGCGUCAAAAUAAGUGACAUUCGUCUAGCACCUGUGAACGCCUUUGUUCAAGUCCAGUUUAUGAAGAAACUAAAUAAACAUUCAUUUGGACGUCUCGUAUUGGUUUAUCAUGGUACACAUAUGAAUAAACUAGAAAGUAUUCUAAAGUACGGUUUCUUAAUACCUGGAAAACGACAUCCAACAAAUUCUGAUGCACCACGAAUUAGGGUCAUCCAUAAACGACAGCUAGACCUGGGUAGAAGGCGCGAAAAAGACAGCUUUGAAUGA